UUACCAACCACGUUGUUGGUCAAUUCGCGUUUUUGCAUAGUUGAAAUGUAUAUGAAAUUUGGGGAUCUGGUGGUGGUCUUGGAUUUUAUCAAAUAUAGCUGAUUGAUGAGUUAAAUUUGUAAACUGAACAGUGAAAUUUCUUAAGCAAGAACUCCGGCUGCUGGAGCAGCGUCCAUCUUAUGUUGGUGUGUUUAUAAGAUUAAUCGAGAGGAACAAGGCUUUGGUUUUGGUUCGCCAAAGAGGAAAAUAUGCUGUUAAUAUUGAUAGAAAUAUUGAUGUCACAAUGCUCGAACCAUUAAUGAGAGUUGCUCUCCGCCCUGAGACCUAUGCUCUUCAUGUAAUACUGCCAAGAAAAGUUGAUCCUCUUGUCAAUGUUUUGAAAGUUGAAAAUGUUCCUGAUUCUACUUAUGAAAUGAUUGGUGGUCUGGAUAAGCAAAUCCAAGAAAUAAAAGAGGUCAUUGAACUUCCACUUAAACAUCCUGAAUUGUUUGAGCGUCUUGGUAUAGCGGAACCAAAGGGCGUCCUGCUUUAUGGACCACCUGGUACUGGGAAAACAGUGGUGGCUCGGGCUGUGGCUCAUCAUACAGACUGUACUUUCAUAAGGCUUUCUGGUUCCGAGUUAGUCCAAAAGUACAUUGGGCAAGGUGCUAUGAUGGUUAGAGCAGUUUUUCUCAUGGCUAGGCUGCAUGCUCCAUCUAUCAUUUUUAUGGAUGAAAUUGACAGUAUUGGAUCUGCUCGUACGGGAUCUGGUAGUGGGAAAGGAGACAGUGAGGUGCAGCGGACUAUGCUAGAGCUUCUCAACCAACUGGAUGGAUUUGAGGCAACAAGCAGGGUAAAGGUUUUAAUGGCCACAAAUCGUGUUGAUAUGCUGGAUCCAGCGCUCCUCAGGCCAGGACGAAUUGACAGGAAGGUUAAAUUUCCACAUCCUAAUGAACAGUCUCGGUUGGAAAUCUUGAACAUACAUGCACGGAAAAUGAAUUUAAUGCGAGGCAUUGAUUUGAAGAAGGUUGCAGAGAAGAUAAAAGGUGCAUCUGGUGCAGAGCUGAAGUCAGUUUGCACAGAAGCAGGGAUGUUUGCUUUGAGGGAGAGGAGGAUUCAUGUGACACAGGAAGAUUUUGAGAUGGCAGUUGCCAAGGUAAUGAAGACGGAGACUAAGAACAUGUCGUUGCGGAAGUUAUGGAACUAAUCAUGUUAUCAUGUGUUCUUUAAGCCAAUCUAAGCAUGAACUUAAGAUGAUGUUUCAAAGGAAGCAGAUGUAUCUUAGAAGGAUAUUCGCACACACGUAUGCAUAUUAGUGAGAAAACACAAUGGAAGUUACACAAAACUAUACCUGCAAUUUGAAAGCCUGAAUUCCGAAACGAACUCGAUAUUGGAACAUCCAAUCUGUCUAUAAUUGAAGUUUUAAAUUUGAGUUUCCGA